ACAAGUGAUCGAACGGAGCCUGAAAUGCGAUAAAUGUUGCCUGAUAAGAGGGGGUUGCAGCGCUCCCAGCCCCUAUGUCUCCUACGACUAUGUAAAUAAUGGCAUAAGAUCUUGAGGGGUGUUCCCGCCCAAAGGCAAUUUCGUUACAGUUAACAUCGAGUAUUAGAUAGAAUUUCAAAGGGAAGUCGUCAAUUUGAAUUGGGACAUUGCCAAUGACUGGACAACAAACGAUUGAUACUAAAAAAAAAUCAAUAUUAAAUAAAUUAACACCCGAAUUUUAAGUAAAAUGGCAUUAACUGGAGCUAAAGCGUUGACUAUGUGGUGCAAGCAGAUGACUGACGGAUACAAAGACGUAGAGGUCAGGAAUAUGACGAGUUCGUGGAGGGAUGGCCUAGCAUUUUGUGCGAUACUGCAUCACUAUCGCCCAGACUUAAUAAAUUUCGACAAACUUUCAAAAGAAAAUAUUGCAGAAAAUAAUUAUUUGGCUUUUACAGUGGCUGAAGAUGAACUUGGUAUUCCUGCAUUACUAGAUGUUGAAGACAUGGUUCAAAUGGAAGUUCCUGACAAACUCAGCAUUUUAACAUAUGUCUCACAGUAUUACAACUAUUUCAAAGACAAAAUACCUGGUGAAAUUCCAAAGACCCCCAAACGACAUGCAACAAAGAGACAGUCUCCAUACAAAUCUGAGGAUUCACCAAAAAAGAGGCCAGCAGGAGAUGUCCCUGGGAUUUCUGCUACAAAGGAAGUUAUUGGCUCAACACCAGAUCCAAACAUUAGUAAAGGGACACUUGAUCGGUUUUGUGCCAAUUGUGGGAAGACAGUGUAUCUUAUGGAGCGAAUGCAGGUUGAGGGGAAAAUUUUCCAUAGAGUGUGUUUCGUUUGUGCUCUCUGUGAAAUACAGCUUAGGAUGGGAACAUAUCGCUACAUCCCCACAGAAGAAAAAUUCUAUUGCGAUAGGCACUAUAGACAGAGAACUACCUCGACGAGUACAGAUGAUUCUUCACGGCCAAAGAAUGGAAAUCAAAAGAAUGAGCAAGAUGCACUUAAAAAUUUGUUGGAAAGUUUAGAGAAUAAAAGGAAACAAGCAACUCAAAAUGAAGAUGAUAAAAUGGUUAUGAAACAUGCUUCUGUUCAUGAAAGGAUUGCCAAUGCGAGAAAAAGGUUCACGGGGGGUGAACAAAUGGAGACUGAUUACGAGAGACAGGAGGAAAUAAAGGAAAAUGUGGAGAAAAACAGUGAAUCAAAGGAUUUAACGCUUGGAGCUCCCCGACACCGCCCGCCACGUCCAAUGCAGCUCCCCGGGAGACCUCCAGAUUCCACAUCCAUGGCAGAAGCUUCAAUAACAGCCGAUGAUGAUAUCAUAGAAACCCCAAAUGUACAAGAAAUCCCAAAAAGGCCUGCACUGCCAUCGAUAUUAUUGUCAAAUGAUGAGUCAAAGAUGAAAGAAGCCCCUGUUAGACCAGCGAGGCCAACCAGCCCCCCUGGACAUAGCUCGAAACAACAUCGCUCGCCUUAUGAAAACACAACUCCUAAAGAUCUUGCCCGGGGGAUUCUAAGUGAUGUGUUGAUGAAAGCACAAAAUGACUCAAAAUGUAUCGAAGACAAAGGAGGGGUUCAUAUUUAUGAAACUCCAUUUGCAAACGUUACUAACGAAAAAGGCGGGACUAAUGAAGGAGGAGAUGUUCUAUUUGAAAACCCUAGGUACAGAGAAAGCAUCAAAAUUGAGACAAAGCCAGUUUAUGAAAACACGGGUGCAGCUUUGCUGUCCUUGGAAGAUAAAAGAGUGCAGCGUAUUAGCAAAGAGAUUCAUCGUGACACCGGAAGUGAAUCAAACGAAUCUGAUAUUGAUUUAGAAAUGAGGUCAAAGUCACAUUCUACCAGCUCAGAUGAUAGGAAGAAGAAAAAGCUUGUACUCAAAGUAAAAAAGAAAAAGAAAGCUCACGAAACUCACGAAGGAGAAACAAAUCAUACUGGGAACAUAGAAAAACAGACCGGGAGUGACAGUGUUAUAGUUGGAAAGGAAGAUCAGGCUGAAAAUGAAGAGGCCAAGAAGGAAGAUACUGAGAAGAUGGAGGAAGAUUUGACUGCUGAUGAAAAAUGUCCUGACAAUCAUAGUCAUGAUACCAUCGAGGAAAAUGAAUCAAAAGUAGAAGAAAUGGAAGAUAUGAAGACUGGGGAAUUAACUGGAAGAGAUAGAACUGAAGAAAGUAUGGAAGGUGGUGAACCAACAAAAGAAGAAGGUAUUACCACUAACGAUGAUGAAAGAAAGGAGUUUGAAAAUGUUGAAACGAAACCAGAGCUUCCCCAGACUCCCGAGUUGGAUCAGAAAAUGGAUGACGUUAAAGACGAAAUAUUUUCAGGAGAUGAAGAAAAAGGUAAGGAUAGUGUUGUUGUUGUGACCGAUGAUGGUCAAAAAGAAAGUUUUGAGGAUGAGGAAGAUUCAACACAAAAUGAAGAUACGAAUGAUGAUAAACUUGUUGAGAGCAAUAUUGUUGAGAAUGAUGGCCUGCAAGAAAAACAACCUUAUGAGAGUCACGGUAAUGGCAUGCAAGAGCCUCAACCUUAUGCAAGUCACGGUAAUGGUGAGAAGAAGAGAAAGGUGUUGAAAUACGUGAAUCCGUUCGACGAUUCGGAUGAAGAUGAAGCUAGUAAUAAGCAACUCGAGAGCCGAGAGCGAAAAAAGAUCGUAUUAAAUCCGUUUGAGGACAGUUCUGACACUGAGUGUGACUCUAAGGAAGAUUUACAUGCUGGAGAUUUGCCACCUAAAGAAGAUGAAUUGAUGGAUGACGCCAUUGGCAGAGUGGUUUCCAGAAAAAUUAAGUUGGUUGCAGGAGAGGGACCUAAGACCCCUUUAUCUCCUGAACAAAUGGAGGAACACCAGCGGAGGAUUGAAAAUUUGAAGAAAGGAUUGAGUGAUAGUAAAGAAAAAUCGUAUAAAAAUCCUUUUGAAGAUUCAGAUGAUGAUUUACUAGAUGAACCUCGGGAAGUGAAACCGAAAAAUCAAAGCGAAGAACAUAAACAGAAAAAGGUGUUGGUUUUAAAAGUUAAGAAAAAGAAAUACAAAGCCCCUGCGCCACCUGUAGAGCAAAGCACGUUGGCUGAACCAGUAGAGAAAGAUAAUAGGACAGUAGACAAUUACGAACAGGAUGAUGCAACCACAAAGCCGCCUUUAGUACCAGCAGACCCGUUAGAGACAUUUAAAACGUAUGUAGAGAAUUCUGAAAUCGAAGUGCGAAAACGAAUGGAGAGCCGAGGUGGUGAACUUUAUUCGCAAAGGCAAGGCCAGCCUGGAAGGCCUAUGAGUCCUCUCUCUGUGAGUUGCCCUGCUUUGGACAAAAAUGAUCCUCAGAGUGUGAUUGAUAAUGAUUUUAACAAAACCUCUUCAUCAGGGCAUUUGCCUGAAGGUGUCACGCAGAAAGAAUGCUUACAAUCAGACGACAAUCAAGAUGGAGAUACGGAAAAAGCUGUAGAUAGAAAAAACGAAGAUGUUAAAGAGUCUGGUGACGAAUCAAAAGAACCAAUGACUGUACAGAAAGAAAAACCACCGAAAAGGCCAGCCCCACCCGUACCCAAAGGGAUAACGCCGUAUAAGGAAUCGCCACCAAUGCCCCAUGUAAGUGCAGUAGCAAAUCAAAAUAAAAAGAUUGAUGCUGGGGAGGCCACAAAAGUGGUUGUCUCGAAAGAAAAGGAAAUAAAUGAAAGUAAAGGGGUAGACAAUGAAACGAAAAGUAAGGGGCAGAAAUCGAAGGAAAUUGAAAAGCAGAAAGGAAAGAAUUUAAAGGAAGGUGAGAAACAGAAGGGUAAAAAUGCGAAGGAGAGUGAAAAGAAAGAGAAAAAGUCUGAAGUCAAGAGAAAAGAAAAAGAUAAAAAGAAGAAGGCGAAGAAGGGAGAAAAAAAUGAAACAGAAAAGAAUAUGCAAGAGAAACAGGAAAAAGAGAUAGAGGAAGACGAAGAGAGCAUGCGAUUGGAGCGGACAUAUACAUUUAUUGAGGAUAAGCCUUUGACAAUUGAUGAUAUAGGACAGGAGUUAAAGGAGAUUGAGGCCAAGCAAAGAGUUCUUGAACAAAAAGGUGUUGAAAUGGAAAAGCGAUUGAGAGAACAGCUUCAUGGAGAUCCUGAAGAGGAUUAUAUGGUGACCUGGUUUGAUUUGGUUACAGAGAAAAACCGGUUGCUUCGAAGAGAAAAUGAACUUAUAUAUAUGUCUCAAGAGAUUGACUAUCAUGAAUAUCAGAAGAAAAUCGAAUAUGAAUUACGACUUCUUAUGGAAAAAGAUGAAUCGACAAAAACAGACGAAGAUAGACAAGCUGAGGAACAACUUUUGCAACAAUUGGUUAAUUAUGUUUCAAGAAGAAAUAAGAUAGUCGAAAAAAUUGAACAAGAUAGGAUAAGGGAAAGAGAAGAAGAUGAGCAAAUUCAAAUGAUUAUGCAUGCUCAAGGCCUUCGUAAACAAAAGAAGAAAAAAGCUGGAAAGAAGAAUUCAACUGGAUCCGUGUUUUACUCAUGAACACUACAGCAAAGUAACGUGAUGUCAUACAUGAAUUGGUUAGUAAACUGCUGGAUACGAUUGGCAUGGUUAGGAAGUGUUUUGAAAUGUUUAACUUUUAGGGACUUCCUCAGAUUUGAUAUCUCAGAUUUAAAAAGCCCUUGAGACCUUGGUCAUUCCACUUCAAUGCCCACAAGCCCUAUAAUAGAUAUCACUUUAUGCUUCUAAAUACUAAUCCCCCCCCCCCCCUUCUAAACCUCAGAAAUAGAAAUACAGUUUGAUUUUUCAAACGUCCAGGUAUGAAUAUGGCAGAGAACUACGCGAACGAAAAACCAAAUUUCCUAGCUUUUGUCGUAGCUUAGAUUCUUUUAAUAUCGCUUUUUUAUUCUUUUUAAAAACUUUUAGGCUGUUUAGGAGUUAAAUUUCUAUUCAAGGUCUUCUCUAAUUAAACUUUGCUAAAAAUUGAUAGAAUCUAUGCUGGGUUAACUCAAAUUCUUAACUUUUCAUGUACAGUUCUUAUAAGUUAGUUUUAUUUCUGAUAUCAUGCUACGCGCCACAAUCUCAUUACAAUCCUAAAUCCUAUCGAUAAUAAUUAUCAUAAUUAUCAUAACCAUCAUAAUUAUCAUUAAUAAAUCCCGUUUGAAUAUCAACUUGUCUUUAUGUAGCUAACCAGUACACACAAAGUUUUUUAGCAAUUUAUACCAAACUAGCAAAUUUCUUUAUUUGUAGCACAUCUUUUAUAUCAAAAUAUCAUUUCAUUAUCAUAAAAAAUACAUAGAUUGGGUUGGAAUUUAUUGUUUAAAUAUUUAGUUCCGUUACAUUGUCGAAUGAAUUAACAAAAGCUUGCUAAUAAAUUAACUAGAUAUUACUAAAUUGCUUAAAGCUUAUUUUUAGUCUGUCGUCCUUCCCAAAUAGUUCACAAAGCUUAUUUUUGGUAUGUUGUCUUUCUUAGAUAAUUCAUUGAAUGUAGCUUCGGUGUUUUAAGCAUUGUACAUAGAUGUUAUUUCCAGAUAAUUGUAUUUUUGUAGAGAAUUUAUUUAGAUAUAUCAAUCUUCACUCCUAA